AGAAAUAGAAGAUGAGCAAGCCUAUAACUCCAUCAACAUAUGUGCGCUGCCUCAACGUUGGACUAAUAAGAAAGCUGUCAGAUUUUAUUGAUCCUCAAGAAGGAUGGAAGAAGCUAGCUGUAGCUAUUAAAAAACCAUCUGGUGAUGAUAGAUACAAUCAGUUUCACAUAAGGAGAUUUGAAGCAUUACUUCAGACCGGAAAAAGUCCCACUUGUGAAUUACUGUUUGACUGGGGCACCACAAAUUGCACAGUUGGUGAUCUUGUGGAUCUUUUGGUGCAAAAUGAGUUUCUUGCCCCUGCAAGUCUUUUGCUACCAGAUGCUGUUCCCAAAACUGUGAAUACACUACCUUUUCGAGAACUUAUAACAGCUCAGCAGGAACAGGUGGCUCUCUGUGACAAAGACAGGGCAUCUGUGACACCAGUACAAAAUUUGGAACUGAACUAUAUGCCACCUGACUCCUCAAGUACAGAAAAUGAAAGUUUAGAAGUUAGUGACACACGUUUUCACAGUUUUUCAUUUUAUGAAUUGAAGAAUGUCACAAAUAACUUUGAUGAACGACCCCUUUCUGCUGGUGGUAAUAAAAUGGGAGAGGGAGGAUUUGGAGUUGUGUAUAAAGGCGUUGUGAACAACAGAACUGUGGCAGUGAAAAAGCUUGCAGCAAUGGUUGACAUUAGUACUGAAGAGCUGAAACAACAGUUUGAUCAAGAAAUAAAAGUAAUGGCAAAGUGCCAACACGAAAACUUAGUAGAACUACUUGGUUUCUGUAGUGAUGGUGAUGAUCUCUGCUUAGUAUAUGUUUACAUGCCCAACGGUUCAUUGCUUGACAGAUUGUCUUGCUUGGAUGGUACUCCACCACUUUCUUGGCAGAUUAGAUGCAAGAUUACUCAGGAUGCAGCUAAUGGCAUCAGUUUCUUACAUGAAAACCAUCAUAUUCAUAGAGAUAUUAAAAGUGCAAAUAUCUUACUAGAUGAAUCCUUCACAGCCAAAAUAUCUGACUUUGGGCUUGCACGUGCUUCUGAGAGGUUUGCCCAGACAGUCAUGACUAGCAGAAUUGUGGGAACAACAGCUUAUAUGGCACCUGAAGCUUUGCGAGGAGAAAUCACACCCAAGUCUGACAUCUACAGCUUUGGUGUGGUUUUACUAGAAAUAAUAACUGGACUUCCAGCUGUGGAUGAACACCGUGAACCCCAGUUAUUGCUAGAUAUCAAAGAAGAAAUUGAAGAUGAAGAAAAGACAAUUGAAGAUUAUAUUGAUAUGAAGAUGAAUGACUUUGAUUCCAGUUCAGUUGAAACUAUGUACACUGUUGCUAGUCAGUGUCUGCAUGAAAAGAAAAAUAAGAGACCAGACAUUAAGAAGGUUCAACAGAUGCUGCAGGAGAUGACAAGUUCAUGAUUUCUUAAAACCUUAUUGGAAUAGACUCUUGGCUUUUAACAUACAGUUAUACAAACCAUAUUUUAUAAACUAAAUAUUUUUGUAAACAUUCUUCUUUACCUUUAGGCAACAUGGUAUAG